GCGGAAAAGAAUUUGGCAAAGCUUCCAUAAAAUUCCAUGAACCUCAGUGUGAGAGAAAGAAGCUGGGUGAGGAUGAGAGAAAGGAGAAGGAGAGGUUGCUGGAGGAGCAGAUGGAGAAGAAUAAUGUCUCAUACAUGGAUCAUUUAGAAGAGGUUGAUUUGAACGACAGCUUUGACGCAAUCUGGCAGGCGCACAUGCAACAGCUGCAACCAUGUGGUACCUGCGGCAGGACAUUCUUUCCAGAAAGGUUGGUGAUUCAUGAGAGAUCAUGCAAGUCCAAGACUCCAAAAACAGCAGACCCUCAGAUGAAUCGACGCCCAAGACUUGGUCCAAUUAGUCCAAAAGCAGAAAAACCGGUUCCAGAAAAACCGGUUCGAGACAUUCCAGUCCAGUACUAUCUGGCCAAAUAGUGACCUCCCAGUAAAUUUUUAUAUUCGAGUCUAACAUGGCUAAAAUAUUGUUGUAUGAAUAGAGCUAAUUUAAUUCAUUUGUAUUAAUUUUCAAAAAAUCGGAUGUUCAAAAAAGUUUGUUCAUUACAGUGUUUAUUUGAGUUUUUUAAACAUAUAAAACGAUUAAUUUUGAACAUAUGUAUGCACUAAUCUAGUUGUUUUGAAUAUAAACCGGUUUCUAAUCAGAGCUACCUUCAGUGCUGUUGAGCGUUAGUUCAAUCAAGCAUUAGUCCAAACGAUACAGCAUCCCAAACAAAUUCCUUUUUCUGAUAAAUCUGAAGUCAUAGUAAAACCAUCAUCAUCAUUACGCUAUAAUUAAAAAACCUAUUAAUGUACACAGUGAAUCUUAUCGGUUUUUAACAUUUUUUUUGUGGACACCCUUUUUCCAAAUUAGAUCAUUUCUUUCUCAAUGUCCACUGGACAUUUAUAAAAAUGAAGAAGAAUGUAUUCUGGUGAUAAUGAUUUUUACAAAACUUUUAUAGAGUUAAAAAUGAAAAUUAGCCAUUAAAUCUAUAGAUUAAUAUUCCAUUCUAUUUUAAGUAGCUAUGCCAACAUUUACCAGUAAGCUUAAAUUAGAUAAUAUAUUCUAUAUAAACAAUAAACAUAUUUAAAGACUUCGAUCCA